AUGGACAAGUAUGCAUCAAACCUGUCGCCCGUGGGUGGAGUGCUGUUGGGCUUCUUCAUUUCUAUUGCCAUAAUUAUUUCCUGCGUCGGGAAUGGAGCUGUACUGAUCACCUCACUGCGCAAGCGCAAGAAUCUAAAGCCGAUUGACCUGUUGACGGUGAACUUGGCUGUGUGUGAUUUAUUGGUGUGUCUGAUUGGCUACCCAUUACCAGUAGUGUCUGGCUUUGGCAAUAGGUGGUCGUUUGGAGAUGCUGGAUGUACUUGGUACGGUUUUUGUGGUUUCUUUUUCCCGCUGAAUUCCAUGAUGACGCAGAUGGCAAUGUCUAUAUGUCGAUACCUCAAGCUCUGCAGAAAGCAAUUCGAUGACCGACUGCUUGGGGAACAGAUGCCAAAGAUAAUCGUCUCGUUAUGGGUUUAUACGUUACUAUGGACAGUUCCUCCUCUGAUUGGCUGGAACAGCUACGUCCCCGAGAGGUUUAAAUUGUCGUGUACUGUCGAUUGGGCAAGCCAGGAUCGAGUGGACAGGAGUUACAUCAUUUGCAUAUUCGUGUUCUGUUACCUGGUACCACUGGCCGGACUUUUAGGUAGUUACAUCGCCAUUGCGAGAAAGAUAUUCAACCAUCGAAGCUUGAUCCUGAAACAACACACAUCUCAUUUUACCCAUUUUUGGACGGAGGUUCGCUUAAUCAAGUCUUCACUGGCCGUCACUGUAGCUUUUACAAUAGCAUGGACUCCAUACGCCGUGGUAUCUUUUUUAGCAAUGAUGAUGGACGUGUCAUAUAUUCCCCACUCAGUCUACGCCAUUCCCACCGUCAUGGCCAAAUCGGCAGCUUGCUACAACCCCGUAAUCUACGUUAUGUUCAACAAGAAGUUCAAAGAAGAGUUGCAACGAUUGUGCUGUUGUUGUGGCUGCAUGUGCUUCAAGGUUUCUAUAAAUAUAAACACCCACAAAAACAUCGCUAAGUUUGGAGAAGUCGGGUGUGUUACAUGGACAAACCCCUUUUCCCGCCAGUUUGUCCACUUGCCACAUUCCCCCGCUAUUGGGGACCAGCGACGGUUGUUUAUAUCCUCUAAAAAGAACAGGCAAAGCUUGGAACCCCGUCAUCCUUUGGGGAUGGUUAUCCACGAGACGAACUGCGACCCGAUGAUGGUCGUAGCAGAGGAGGACGUCCCGGGGCCCUCUACCGGCAAUACUGUUGUACACCCGUUCAGUAACCCCACAGGCUCUACCGCUCUGCCUCUUGUAUUAAGUCUACCGCAUGUACCGGUGCCGUACAUUGAAGCCACCAUUCAGGAAUUCACGUCAACAUCCAGGCAGCGCGAAAGUGUGGCUGGUUCAGCAAGUCGUGUAUCUGUUGCAGUUGUCUAUGCAGAGUCACAAAUGUGAUCAGCUUUCUGUAGACCCCUUUACAGAUAGGAAAAAACAAUGUAUUCUGGGAUAGGAUGCGAUGUUUUGGGAUGUUCGUCACGCAUAAAACGUGCAUAGCUUACUCCCAAAAAGCAUCAUAAUCUG